AUGACUCGACUGAGAGUUUAUGAGCAAUUGCUUGGAGCCUACCUGCUUAUCAUUCUCCAUAUUCAAGGUCAAAAUCUAGACAGCAUGCUUCAUGGCACAGGAAUGAAGACAAAUCCUGACCAAAAGAAACAGGGAAAUGGAGUAACACUUGCUCCAGAGGACACCUUACCUUUCCUUAAGUGCUACUGCUCAGGACAUUGUCCAGAUGAUGCCAUUAAUAACACAUGCAUAACUAACGGGCAUUGCUUUGCUAUCAUUGAGGAAGAUGAACAUGGAGAACCUACGCUUGCUUCUGGCUGCAUGAAGUAUGAAGGUUCAGACUUCCAGUGCAAGGACUCACCUAAAGCACAAUUACGUCGAACAAUUGAGUGCUGUCGGACUGAUUUCUGCAAUCAGGAUUUACAGCCAACGUUACCACCACUUGAUAGUACAGAUGGACUUUUUGAUGGCAGCAUUCGUUGGAUGGCAGUGUUGAUUUCUAUGGCAGUCUGCAUAAUUGUCAUGAUCAUCUUAUUUAGCUGCUUUUGUUACAAACAUUACUGUAAGUCGAUGGCAAAGAGGCACUGUUAUAAUCGUGACCUGGAACAAGAUGAAGCAUUUAUUCCAGCUGGGGAGUCAUUAAAAGACCUUAUUGACCAGUCACAGAGUUCUGGGAGUGGAUCAGGGCUACCAUUGCUGGUUCAGCGCACUAUUGCCAAACAAAUUCAAAUGGUGAGGCAAGUUGGAAAAGGACGAUAUGGUGAAGUGUGGAUGGGCAAAUGGAGGGGUGAAAAAGUUGCAGUGAAAGUGUUUUUCACCACAGAAGAAGCCAGUUGGUUUCGAGAAACAGAGAUUUACCAAACUGUUUUAAUGCGUCAUGAAAACAUCCUUGGUUUCAUAGCUGCAGAUAUUAAAGGCACUGGCUCCUGGACACAGCUUUACUUGAUUACAGAUUAUCAUGAAAAUGGAUCAUUGUAUGAUUUUCUGAAAUGCACUACGCUAGACAACAGGGCUCUCCUCAAACUGGCAUAUUCUGCUGCGUGUGGCCUGUGCCAUCUACACACAGAAAUUUAUGGGACACAAGGCAAGCCUGCUAUUGCACACAGGGACCUGAAGAGUAAAAACAUCUUGAUAAAGAAAAAUGGAACCUGCUGCAUUGCUGACUUGGGUCUUGCAGUGAAGUUUAACAGUGACACCAACGAAGUUGAUGUUCCCUUGAAUACUAGAGUGGGAACAAAACGUUACAUGGCUCCAGAGGUCCUGGAUGAAAGCCUGAAUAAAAAUCAUUUCCAACCGUACAUCAUGGCUGACAUUUACAGUUUUGGGCUGAUCAUUUGGGAAAUGGCUCGGCGCUGCGUCACAGGAGGUAUUGUUGAAGAGUAUCAGUUGCCAUAUUAUGACAUGGUGCCAAGUGAUCCAUCCUAUGAGGACAUGAGAGAAGUGGUGUGUGUCAAACGCCUACGCCCAGUAGUAUCGAAUAGAUGGAAUAGUGAUGAAUGUUUAAGAGCAAUAUUGAAAUUAAUGUCUGAGUGCUGGGCUCAUAAUCCUGCCUCAAGGCUCACUGCCUUGAGGAUCAAGAAGACACUUGCCAAGAUGGUGGAAUCACAAGAUGUAAAGAUUUGACAUAGUAAAUGAACAUUGGAGAGCAAAGCUGGACUCCUAGAUCUUUUCACUCAGACAUGGGUGAGACCUGUGUGGAAAGAGGAAAUAACUGAGAUUCAGUAUAUUUUCUCGGCACACUUCUACAGGCUGCUAAUCAAAUCUUUCAGUACUUCAUUGACUGUGAUACUGAGAGCCUCUAUACACUACAUGCUACGUAUAUGGACAGCCUUGAUAAAAUACACGUUUUGGUUUUGUUUGAGCUGCAUUGAGACUUCAGUCAUACUUAGUGAGUCUC